AUGAAUGGACAUAAGAAGUGCUUGAUUUAUGGAUCAAAUUGUAUAUCUUACAGGGAGCUGACACUGUUUUGGAGUAAACUUCUAAUACGGCUCGAAUCAAAACAGGCCUUUUUGGAGCAAUGCAGACUGUUAGCAUGCCUCGCUGUGAGUGUGUACCAUAUUCUGCUCCUCAUCAAAGUCAUUCAGGCUGAGGAUGAGAAAAAUGGACUCUCAGUGUGCAUCGAAAUGUGUAUUCAAGCACUAAAAAUGGGAGUUCAUGAUAAUGAGGGCUGUAAUAUCACUAUCUGCAAAACAAUCUCUUGUUUGCUGCCUUUGGAUUUGGAAGUAAAACAGGCUUGUCAACUCACUGAGUUCCUGACAAAUCCGUCUUUGGACUCUUACUAUGCUGUUGAGACUCUUUUUAAUGAGCCUGACCAAAAGCUUGAGCAGGAGGAUCCACCAAUUUUGAACUCACUACGCUGUGACCUGUUGUUGGCCUUAAAGACGAAGUGGCCUUUUGAUCCUGAGUUCUGGGACUGGAAAACUCUAAAACGUCAAUGCCUUGCUUUGAUGGGUCAGGAGGCAACAGCUAUAUUGUCUACUGACAAAUGUACUGACAGUGAAGACAAUGAAGUCCAUAACCAUGAUGAAAAAUAUUUUCAAGAUCUACAUUUUACCAAUAGUCCUACCUACGAACUCAGUGAAGUUGAAGCAGAAAGAAAGAAGAAAAGGGAAAUGAAGAAGAUGAGAGAGAUGGGAUUUGUUUCUGCUCGAUUCCGCAAUUGGCAAGCUUAUAUGCAGUAUUGUGUUUUGUGUGAUAAAGAGUUCCUCGGACACAGGAUUGUGAAGCAUGCAUUGAAGCAUGUUCAAGAUGGGAUUUUCCGUUGCCCAAUAUGUGCUAAAACAUUUGAAACUAGGGUAGUUCUAGAGCCUCAUGUGGCAUCUCAUGUGAAACAGUCAUGUAAGGAACGCCUUGCUGCUAUGGGUGUAAGCAAGAAACGUACCAGUAUUGACACCAAGUUGACAGCAGCUAGCAGUGCCGUGAAAAAAGAAGAGCACGACAGCAAAACUGCUGUUGAAGUUAGCAAAGGGACAGUUUGCAAUAAUAAAAGUGUAUAUGCUUCAAACUGUAGUCCCAGCGCAAAAGUCAAAAGUAAAAUUAAAGUGUCAUCCCCCAAACAGGGCAACCCUAUCCGUGAUGUUAACAACACUGAAUGUUGUUCAUGCCCUGUUACCAGUUGUCAAAAAAUUUUCAAGUACUUCAGGAAUUUGGUUGCACAUGUUAAGGCCCACAAAAAUGAGCAGGAAGCAAUACAUUUCCUAGAAAUACAGAGCCAGAAGGCUUUUUGCCAGUAUUGUCACCGUCAGUUUGUUAAUUUGACCCAUCUUAAUGAUCACUUACAGUUGCAUUGUGGUGAGAAGCCGUAUUUUUGCAUUCAGCUUGGAUGUCAUUUCAGCUUUUCCUCUCAUGCUGAGCUUCAGAUACACAGAAAAGUACAUGCUGAAUUUCAGGCACAGUGUGCAUAUCCAAACUGUGAGAGAAUAUUCAACGAGACAUACUUGCUGUAUGAUCAUGAGGCACAGCACUACAUAACGUUUUCCUGCAAAAGCCAAAACUGUGACAAGGUGUUCUACACUCUGUCUGAGCUAGAUCUGCAUCAGAAAGGACAUGCAAAGAAGAAAGGCCACUCUGCUGUUGAUGGGGGCUCGCCUUCUCAACUUGAAGUACUAACUCCGACUUUUCCUGCCUUAGAGCUGCCUCCAAGCCAAAUGAACGAGGUUUCUCAAGAGUUUACCCCAGUAGAAAGGAAACACACAGUUGAAAGCAUUAUAGACAAUGUUCAAGACUCCACAGAACAGCCUGAGCAUCUUGUGCCAUGCACAGCUCAGUUGACAGUUAGCAAAAAUUAUUCCCUAACAACUAAUGCUGUUCAGCCUGAUGAAUCUAAGACACCUCAUUGUUUUGAAAGUACAAAGCAAUUGCAUCUUGAAUCUUGCUUUGUAAAGCUGGAGCCUAUUCCCAUCAAGUGCAAUGAUCCAAAAUAUAUAGAUGCUCUAAAGAAUGCUGACAGUGAAACUCAAACACUCUUGAAAGAUAAGAAAUUGUUUUCUUUCACAUUGCGUCAGCUUAAGUUGUCCACAUUGAAGUCGUCUCGCUCCGUGAAAAAAGCCAACAAAGAAGAAGGUCUGACUCAUGUGUGUCCAUUCGAAACCUGCACACGAAAAUACAGCACCUCAAAAAGUUUGUCAAGACAUGUCAAAAAUGUUCAUUCUGAAGCUUUUGAGGAAUGGAAGUUAUCUAAGAAGUACAAAAGGAUUGCAGAAAUUGCUGCAAAAAAGUCAGCUGAGAGCACAACCACUAGUUCUCAGAUAGCAAAAUGGACAAGCCGUUCCAGACAAACUGAACAUACUACAUUCCUGGACUCAGUGCUUGAAAGUACUUCCUCUAUUUUCUCCAAUCACGAUAGUAUGCAGUCCAUAAGUGCCAAGUUUUGCUCUCAGCUUGAAAACCCUCAAAGUGUAGCAUUACCAAACCAGACAGAUCUGAUGCAAUUUCCAAUAACUCAGACAUGGGCAGCACCUCCAAUGGAGAAUUUGGAUUCAGGUUUUUCUGUACUUCCCUACAGCUCUACGAUUUUGUCUGACAACCAGCACACAAACCCAUCAUACCAUUCUGACACAGUCUUAGAUUAUGCGUCGCCCUCAUCUUAUGAUGACAUCAACCCCCUUUCUGUGAAUGCCAAUACACCCUCAAGUUGA